AUGAAUCAGACACCUCUGCUCCGGGAAAUCCCAGGGUGGAAGUGCGAUCGCCUUUGGGACUCGCACAAUGCAUGGUUGUCACCUUGUGCGUUGCCGUACCUCGCAUGCAUCCCAGCAAUCAGCAUUUUGCUUAUUGCAUUGAGCCAUUUGCUGGGGCAGAUCUCUACAUGGCGCCCAAAAUGGACUAUAGCGUUCGUUUCUGAGCAGCAUGACUCCCAGGAACUCCCGCUGGAGCGCCCAAAACAAUCUUUGAGAUGGACUAUCACUCUUCUGAUAUUCUCAGGAAUUGGUCUCAUUGCGGAUCUAGUUCAAUUGACUCCCCCUGUCACUGACUGGUCUGAUGUUGUGCUUGUGUUCUCCUGGGCAAUAGCAUUGCUUCUCGUUGCUCUCAAGCGGCCAAGAGCUUGUCAAAUUCCCAUAUUGGUAUAUUACGUCUUGGUCACCGCAGUCGAGUUUUCAUUGGCUACUCGUCCAGAUGGUAGCCUGAAAUUCAAAGUUGCCGCUCGGUACACUGCCACGAUUGCAGCGAUUGCCGCGUCCACGACGAUUCUAUUUAUGCCAUUCCGUGAGCCUUCGUUGCCAUCAGUGGAUAUCAGCGCCGUCGGUCAGGACCCGUCUAGUGAUUUCCGCACACCCGAAGACAACCUCCGACUUUGGCAAUUCCUAACGGUGUCCUGGAUGAAACCUCUCAUUUCAGCUGGGCGCAGUAGACAGUUGAAUGAGGAUGAUGUUUGGCUCCUCGGGUUUGAGUUUCAACACAGCCGUUUACACGAGAAGUUCCGUCAGCUUCGCGGGUCUGUCCUGGGUCGACUGUUGCGGGCGAAUGGAAUUGACGUGUUCAUCAUAUCGACCAUUUCGACUAUCCAGCUGCUGUGCGAUUUCUCAACUCCCGUUUUGUUGCAACAAUUGUUGCAGGCCAUGAAGGACCCAUCACGCCCGAAACGCGUCGCUCUGACAUAUGCUUUCCUUUCGUUUCUACUGAGGCUCGUCGCCGCUCAAUCCCAGGUUCUUCUCCUCUGGUAUGGCCGAAGAUCGUACGAACGAUCUAGGGGAGAGAUGAUUAUGAUGGUCUACGAAAAGGCACUCUCCAGGAAAAAUAUCCUUGGGUCUACGAUUCAAGAUGACCCGCAAGUGUCUAACAGCCUGACCGAUGACAUGAACGACGACAUGGUGUCCCGUGCUUUUGGCGGCGCAUCAUCUCCCAAAGAAAGAAACCCCCCACCUAAGCAAGCCAAGGAAGCUGCAUCGCUUGGCAAGAUCUUCAACUUACUGCGAGGUGAUGUCUAUGAGGUUGCACAGAGAUUCUGGGAAGUGGAUUCGUUAAUUAAUCAGCCGUUGGGGCUCGUAAUUGCUACCGUUCUCGUCUGGACACUGUUUGGCCCUUCUUGCUUCCUCGGAAUACUGGCUGUAUUGGUCGCGCAGGCAAUCAACGCAUUCAUCACUAGAGUUCUCCUUCGGUGGGAACGUGUUAGACGAGCAGCCACAGAUACUAGGCUUCAAAUCACGUCCCAGUUCAUUGAGGCAAUCCGUCAUCUGCGAUGGUAUGGAUGGCAAGACCAUUGGCUUCGACAAGUGAUGGAAGCUCGGCAACACGAAUUGAAUAUUCGGAUUGUCACCAGUCUGUGGAGCAUCAUGAUUCGCUUCGUCAACGCUUUCGCGAGUGGUGCAUUUCCAGUCGUUGCACUGUAUGCUUACACCUUCCUGGCUGGGCACGAGCUGCGAAUCGACAUCAUUUUCCCUGCAUUGCAACUGUUCUCUAUGCUGGAAAGCCGUUUGCGAGAUAUCCCUGGUCUCAUCACUUCUUUAAUCAAUGCUUCCAUCGCUCUUGGUCGCAUCGAAGAUUUUAUGUCUGAGCCUGAUAAAGACAUCAUGCCUUCUGAGCCAUCAGGAAGGAUGACCAGUCUUUUGAUGGAGUCUUGCUCGUUUGCAUGGCCAGAAAAGGUCACCCCGGUGCUGGUUGAUAUCAAUGUCAACAUCCCCAAAGGACUGACUGUCGUUACUGGUAAGGUCGGGGCCGGAAAGACGGCAUUUCUGCAGGCGAUUCUAGGGGAGCUGGAUAAGAUUGGCGGCUCAAUGCACGUUCCGAAUCAAAUGAUGGGAUACUGUGCGCAGACACCGUGGUUACAGAGCAUGAGUAUUCGGGACAACAUUCUCUUCUCUGCGCCAUACCACGACAAGCGGUAUAAGCAGACACUGGAAGCAUGUGCUCUACUUCCAGAUCUCUCACAAUUCAAGCACGGCGAUCUAUCCUUUGUCGGUGAAAAUGGUAUUGGACUCUCGGGUGGCCAAAAGGCACGAGUCGCCUUGGCAAGAGCCGUCUACAGUGCCUCUCCCCUUCUUCUCCUGGAUGAUCCAUUGUCUGCCCUUGAUCAUAACACUGCCGAAUCUGUGGUCCGCAAAUGCUUUCUGGGGCCUUUGAUGAAAGAUCGCACAGUUGUCUUGGUCACACACCGAACUGCUUUGGUUCGCCAACUUGCAGAUCAGAUUAUCGACAUCUCCGAAAGACAUGCUGUUGUUUAUGACAAAGAGGCUAUCUCAGUCGGUCAAUCCGACACAUUGCUACAAUCUGUCGAAGUUGAUGAUGAACCUGAAGCGGCAAUUGAUCUUGAAGAUGAGGCAGCGGCCGUCCCCACGAAGUUCAUUGAGAAAGAGCAUAGGGCCGAAGGCGGAGUCAAAGCUCGCGUUUACUGGAACUACAUCAGAGCGGGAAAAUACCGAUGGUGGCUUGCGCUCGUCCUGAUUCUAGCAGUUUACCGAUUGAUGGCCGUUGGGCAAUCGUGGUUCCUUAAGGGGUGGGGAGAAGCAUAUGAGCAGACCACUAUGGUGACAGGUAACCUACCAGACUUGAAUGUGAAUCGACUGUCUAGCUGGUCAAUCCCUUCAACAUUGGAAUCAGGGUUCACGCCUCGAAGCCCAAUUGUCCAAUUACCAUUUCCGCGCGAGGACGUUCGACCGUGGCUUUGGACUUUCUUUGGAAUCAUCUCAAUUCAGGCUGCCACACUGCUGGUCGCGCAGCUAUUGAUGUUGAUCAUUGUCUAUUGUGCUGGACAAUCGCUGUUCCGACAAGUUCUGAUCCGCGUCAGCCAUUCCACUUUCCGAUACCUUGAUACCAUUCCCCUCGGGCGGCUGAUGAACCGCCUGACAUCUGACAUCGGUGUAGUUGAUGGCAACAUCAGUGAGCAGUUUCAAGCCAUAGCAUUCCAAGCUAUAACUUGGAUAUCAUCUGUCUUGGUGAUUGCCACCGCUACCCCUGUGUUCCUUGUGUUUUCUCUUGUCCUCACAGUAGCAUUUGUGACUGUUUUCCUUCGUUUCCUCCCUACAUCUCAGAGUCUACGGCGACUCGAAAUGGUCUCACUAAGCCCUCUUCUCUCCAACUUUGGAGAGUUGCUACACGGCCUAACUACCGUCCGAGCAUUCCGCGCAGAGUCUCGCUUCCAAAGCCGAGUCAUAUCAGUCGUUGACAAAUUCCAAGGCAUGGACCAUUUCUACUGGUCGCUCCAGAGCUGGCUCAUGUAUCGGUUUGAAAGCUUGUCUGCACUAUCCACAUUCUGUUUGACAGCUUUGGCUCUGUACACAAACACAACGCCGGGCUUGAUAGCGUUCGUACUCAUCGCUGCAAACAACUUUGUCGAUUCUACUCAUGCCCUCUGCAAACAAUACGGCCAACUUCAAAUGGACUUCGUGUCGGUGGAACGUGUCGAUGAGCUACUGCAUAUCGAAGAAGAAGCACCGGGGUCCAUUGCUCCCCCAGCCGCAUGGCCGACUUACAGUAGCGACAUCAUAUUCGAUGAUGUGACUCUCCGCUAUGCGACGAAUCUUGACCCUUCACUCACAAACGUCUCUCUCCGCAUACCCGGGGGGACUACUACCGCAAUCACCGGCCGUACCGGCAGCGGCAAAUCCACAUUGGCGAUGUCGCUCCUCGGCGUCAUCAAACCAGAGUCUGGUCGGAUUCUUAUCGACGCAAUCGAUGUCGCCGAAGUGAACACACAAGCACUCCGCACCCGAGUCACCUUCGUUGCGCAAGAUCCCGUCCUCUUCCCCGGCAGCAUCAGAUUGAAUCUCGAUCCGACGGAAGAAUAUUCCGAUGAGCAGUGCACGGAAGUUCUCCAGCGACUUUGCAGUCGGCACAAUUGGCAUCUAGAAACACACAUUGAGGCCGGUGGAAGGAAUCUCAGCCAAGGCCAACGUCAGCUCAUUGCCCUUACCCGAGCCGUGCUGCGACGCAGUGCGAUUGUCAUUCUCGAUGAGGCUACUGCUUCGGUUGACCAGGAGACUUCGCUCGAAAUUCAGCAGAUUAUCAGGGAGGAGCUGCAGCAAUCCACCGUCAUCACGAUCGCACAUCGCAUCGAGGCUGUCAAAGACGCGAAUUACUUCGUGGUUUUGGAUCAGGGAAAAGUUUCGCGGGAAGGGCAUGUACGCGAUUUGUAA